UCCUGUACGGGCUGUACCCUCCCCUCCUGCUUUUCCACUCGUUUUCCCUCGGUGCGCCGCCGCCCGCCGCCCAGCAGACAGCGCCGCAGCCAUGCCGCUCCACCUGCUCUCGUCUCCCGCCGCUGCCACCAAGCUCGUCGCGGGCUUGCGCGCGGCCCCUCUCCGCCGCUGCCACAGCUUCGCCCCGGCUCCCCACCACCCGGACCGCGUGUCCCUGGCGACUUCCUUGUCAGCAGCCGCAGCAGCGCGGUCUGCCGGGCCGGCCGUGGCAGCGGCGCAGACCAAGCAGAGCGUGUCAGGAAAGAAACAAGUGUUGAUAUCAUUGUCUGACAAAACAGACUUGACUUACCUUGGCAACGGUCUUCAGGGUCUGGGGUACUCUAUUGUGUCCACUGGUGGAACAGCAUCCAGCCUGGAAGCAGCAGGAGUCAAUGUAACAAAAGUUGAAGAAAUCACACAUUUUCCUGAAAUGCUUGAUGGAAGAGUGAAAACAUUGCACCCAAGUAUACAUGGUGGCAUUCUUGCCCGGAGAGACCAGGAACAUCAUUUGAAGGCACUAAAGGAUCAUGGCAUUGGGACGUUUGAUGUGGUUGUGGUGAAUUUGUAUCCUUUCUAUGACAAAGUCACCUCUGGUACCAUUUCUUUUGAGGAUGGCAUUGAAAAUAUCGAUAUUGGUGGGCCUACAAUGAUCAGAGCUGCAGCCAAGAACCAUAAGGAUGUCCUUAUUGUAGUGGAUCAUAAUGAUUACCCAGCUUUACUGGAGUACCUUAAAGGAAAUCAAGAGGACCAGCAGUUCCGCAGGAUGUUGGCAUGGAAAGCCUUCCAGCAUGUUGCCUCUUAUGAUGCUGCUGUCUCAGAAUGGUUGUGGAAGCAAUCCAACAAAGGGGAGAUGUUUCCCCCAAGUUUUACUGUGCCACUGGAGCUGAAGUCUACACUUCGGUAUGGCGAAAAUCCUCACCAGAAUGCUGCAUUCUAUGCUGACAAAAGCCUUUCUCUAGUUGGUGCUGGUGGAAUCGCAACUGCUAUUCAACACCAUGGAAAGGAAAUGUCUUACAACAACUACUUGGACGCGGAUGCUGCAUGGAACUGCGUAUCUGAGUUUGAUAGUCCUACUUGUGUUGUAGUGAAGCACACAAAUCCAUGUGGUGUUGCUUCACGACAGGACAUUCUUGAAGCUUACAGGUUAGCUGUAAAGGGAGAUCCUGUCAGUGCAUUUGGUGGGAUAGUUGCAUUCAACACGAUAAUUGAUGAGGAUCUUGCGAAGGAAAUUCGUGAGUUCAGGAGUCCUACAGAUGGCCAGACGCGGAUGUUCUAUGAGAUAGUGGUUGCGCCUGGCUAUACAGAGAAAGGUCUUGAGAUUCUCCAAGGCAAGUCUAAGACACUGAGGAUACUCGAGGCGAAGAGAAGUGGAAAAGGGAUGCUUUCACUGAGGCAGGUCAAUGGUGGGUGGUUGGCCCAAGAGUCUGAUGAUCUAACCCCUGAAGAUAUCACCUUUACCACAGGAUCUGAGAGGGCUCCACAGGAGAAUGAGCUUGCCGAUGCCAAAUUUGCCUGGCUUUGCGCGAAGCAUGUCAAGAGCAAUGCCAUUGUGAUAGCCAAGAACAACUGCAUGCUGGGAAUGGGCAGUGGCCAGCCAAACAGACGAGAGAGCCUUAGAAUCGCCUUCAGGAAGGCAGGAGAAGAGGCCAAGGGAGCUGCAUUGGCAAGUGACGCCUUCUUCCCCUUCGCCUGGAACGACGCUGUUGAGGAGGCGUGCCAGAACGGCAUCGGGAUCAUCGCUCAGCCGGGAGGCAGUAUCAGGGACGAGGACGCCGUCGCGUGCUGCAACAAGUACGGGGUGUCUCUCGUCUUCACCGGCGUUAGGCACUUCAAGCAUUAGCGCGGUUGCAUGUCUGACCCCUUAGCCUAGGGAAGAAAUGAAUAAGAGUGCCAGUGUGGCAUGUCGGACCGCUCGGCCUGGAGGUUGGGUAUAGCCUUUUCGUCACGGUACUACGAAUUUUGCAUUCAGGCUGUAACGGUGUUUCUGAUGAGAAGGGCUUUUGUUCAUUGAGCUGAAUAAGCUGAUUGUCCCAACCUACACCCUUGUAAGUUGCAAUAGCAGCAUCUAAUUACUGAAUAGUAUUUGUGUGGAAAUUUCUAAAUCUCUUUGCUUUGGAUA